AUGGCGGCUUAUGGUGCAGCCACUUCUCUCAAGAAUACGAUUCAGCGUAUUCUACAAUCGUCUCGCAUUUCUCUCGUGUCCCACUCUCCACUAAUCUUACCGCCUGUCUACGACCAGAUGGAUCGAUUGCAGAGAGUUCUGCAAUUAUUGGACAAGACCAGCUGCAGCAAGAUCAGGACGGAGGUGAAUGCUUUGGAUGAACUUAUAAAAGAGGCAGUUUGGGAAUUCGAAGAUUUACUCGAAUCCCAUCUCUUACCUCAGAUUCUUCCACAACUCGAAAGUGAGAGACACAACUUGUCUUUCUCUGUAGAUCUACAGAGUCUGCAACACCAUGUUGAUUGCUUUGUCGAGAUGGUGAAGAUGAUGGAGGAAGAGUACAUCAUUGGCAUAAAGAAUAUGCCUGAAGAAGAAGGUGAGCCUAUUUCCUCAAGAAUUGAUUUUGGUGGAAUCAAGUCAAAGAUGGUUGGAUUAUCUUAUGAAUUUCAAAAAGCCGGAGAUGAUCUUCUUGAAGAUAAACACUAUUCGAUUGUUGGGAUGGCGGGCGUUGGAAAGACAACUCUUGCUAAACAUAUUUUUGAAGAUCCAUCAAUUCAGAGCCAUUUUGACUUUCGAAUAUGGGUCAAAGUGGGCAGAAAAUACGAGCACAAUGAACUAUUAUGCUGCGUUCUAGCUCAAGUGGCUCCCAUUGCUUACCGAAUGCUUGCCCAAGGAGACAAUGAUGAUGAGGAAUUAGUUGGACUAUUGAAAGAAAAAUUGCAGGAUAAGAAAUGUCUCAUCGUGUUGGAUGAUGUUUGGGAGGAACAAGCAACAUAUCACUUGACAAAUUGCUUGCAAGAAAAUGAUAUGGUUGGAAGGAUUAGGUACUUACUUACAAGUAGACAAUAUAUAAUAUUCGAGGAUCAUGGGUAUGAAAGAAUGCGCUUGUUGAAUGAAGAAGAAAGUAAGAAAUUACUUGGUGAGAAGGUGUUUGGUCAGAAGGUGUUUAGUGAAGACGGUUUUCCUCUCCCACUUGAGGAACUAGGAGAGAAGAUUGCCAAGAAAUGUGAAGGUCUUCCUCUUAUGAUAGUCACGGUUGCAGAGCUCCUAUCAAAAGCCGACAAGACCCCAGAAUAUUGGACAGAGGUACUCAAACAACAUAGUUCAGUCUUCGUGGAAGCAUAUAAUCAAAUAUCAGAGUAUCUUUCCCUAAGAUGCAACGGGGAGCUCCCUCCUUCCAUAUCCAACCUUUUUCACCUUCAAUUCUUGGUUAUCGAUCCACAUAUGUUUAUUAGAAAGCGUGGAGUUCAGUCUUAUAUGCCUGUGCAAAUUUGGGACAUGCAAGAACUAGAGCAUCUUUAUAUUUGGGGAAUGGACCUACCAACCCCUAAUACUGUUGAUGCUACCUUGAACAAACUUACCAUACUUGGCGGUGUGAGUGCAAACAGUUGUACAAGGGAAGUUCUCAAAAGAAUUCCUAAUUUAAAGGAAUUAAUGAUUGAAGUGGAGUUGAAGCCUUAUGAUGAUGAUGAUGAUGAAAGAAACCCAUUGAGUUGCUUGGGUUAUAUCUCCCAACUCCAGAAUUUGGAGAAACUUAGAUAUCGGGUUAAGAAUCCCGAGAUAAAGUAUAAGGGCAAUACGAUUCCUCUUUCAAUGUUUCCAUCAAGUCUCAAGGUAUUAUGGUUGUCUGGGUUAGGGGGGUAUCCUUGGAAUUACCUGAAUGACAUUGGUUCGCUGCUGCCAAAUCUCGAGAUUCUCUUGUUAGAACGUUAUGCAUUUCGAGGCCCAGAGUGGGAAAUAACACCAGAGAGUUUUUUAAAACUUAUUGAACUUCAAAUUGGAGACACCGAUUUGGUGCGAUGGAGACCUCAACGUGGAAGCUUCCCGAACCUUCGUAGACUACGAAUGAGUCAUUGCUACAAAUUACAACAGCUCGAUUGGCCGUAUGAUCACUCUUGGAUAGAGAUCAUUGAUUUACUCGAGUGCAAUCCUUUAGCCGUCGCUUGUGCCAAGGAAUUAAAGGACAAGUUUUCCUUUCGACUUAUCAUCGAAUCUUCUUUUUGA